AUGUGGGCGAUGCAUGUCCAUAAUCAACUGCGCGCGAAUCAAGUAUGGGCGUCUAGAAUCGAGGAGACGUCAUGGAGAGAAGUCGCGCUCAACGAGGUACCUGAUUCCCAGUACCCGGGGUACGAAUUCCACCUGGACUUGGGCAGCCAUUCUGCAAUGAACGCUCAGCAGACUAAGAAAGCCAAAGACCUAAACUACGAAUGUUGCAGACAUGUGAAACUCAGGGCGGAAGCCCCCGAUUGGGACUGCAGCAGUCGUCAUCCACAUCGAGGCUAG